GUACCUAAUUAGUUCUGUAUUGUUUUAGCAGUUUUGAAUAAGCCAGUAUUACUGUGUUGUAGAUUGGAGACUGUUGGUAGUGCCUUAAUUUAUCAAUAUGCCAUCAAUGGAAGGCUCUUCAACAAGGGAAUAUUGAAAGUGCUAAGAUUUAUGCAGAGAAUGGUAUUCGGAAGAAGCAUGAGAGUUUGAAUUACUUACGAAUGGCAUCCAAGAUUGAUGCUGUGUCAUCUAAGGUCCAUAGUGCUGUCAUGAUGAAAAGUGUGACCAAAAACAUGGGCGGUGUAGUGAAGGCACUAGACAAAGCUAUAAAUUCAAUGGACUUACAGAAGGUUUCAUCUGUGAUGGAGAAAUUUGAAAACCAGUUUGAAGACUUGGAUGUGAGGACAUCUGUCCUGGAGGAUGUAAUGGGAAGUGCCAUAACAACAGCUACACCACAAGAACAAGUAGGUGUUCUAAUCCAACAAGUAGCUGAAGAAAAUGGAUUGGAGAUUCUUGAUCAACUGCAGGAAGCCAAAUUUGUUCCAUCCUCCUCGGUAGCUGAGAGGACCCUUGUUGAGGAAGAUAACCUCACCAGAAGGUUAGCUGCCUUGCGUAAUUGAAAGUCUCAUUGAGGCAUUGAGGAACCUCAACUUAUCACCAUGGAAAAACACUUGAGCAGUGUGUUCAUCAUAAUGUGUGGAUACUUAUGAGUUUUAUAUGCGAAUUUGUAAGACAAUACUUAGAAAACGAAUUAUUUGAGUGAAGUUAUGUACAUAAUACGUGUUAUGAGAUUUUUACAUGUGUAUGUCACUACAGUUAAUAAUCUAUGCUAAUGAUUGUUCUUUUGUUAAUAAUUGUUGUUUCUUUUAACUUUAAUGUCAAUUUUUACAUUUCGUAAAAGUUUUCAAGUAAAUGGUAAUUCUGGUAAACAACC